AUGAACAUAAGCCCUCCACCCCAGCAACCAUUUCAACAACCGCUGGCCCAACCGCAACCGCAGAUGCAGGGGAUGCCGGUUCAGGCGACAUCUAUGCAGGCGACACCGAUGCAAGCGACGGCAGUUCAGGCGAUGCCUAUGCAAGCGACGCCUAUGCAGGCGACGCAAAUGCCCUCUCACGUGCCAAGCCAAGCUCCCAUGCAAGUGGAGUCGGGCGCGUGCGGGCCGUUCACGGUGGCGCAGUGGCAGGAGCUGGAGCAGCAGGCGCUCAUAUUCAAGUACCUCGUCGCGGGAGCCCCUGUUCCGCUGGAGCUCGUUUCGCGCGUGCGCUUGUCCAUGCCGCCGCUGCCGUUCGGGCUUCAGACGUUUCAUCCCAUGGGAGGCUUCAUGCCAUGUACGUAUUAUGCGAUCGCCAUGAUCUUUUUGUUGUGUGUUUUCUCUGCUGCCCUACGUAUCGCGCCCGUUCUGGGGGCCGUCGAUGCAAGUGGAUCCGGAGCCAUUCAGGUGCCGCCGGACAGAUGGCAAGAAAUGGCGGUGCGCCCGCGAGGUCCGUUUCUCCACCUGCUUCCUAUCCCGCGGAUCACGCCACACCACUUGAUUUUCCAUUGUCGAGGGCUCAACAUUCUGUCGUCAACCCUUUCUUUCCAUUUUCUAUCCUCGUGCCCUCGUCUCCUCGUCCCCUCUCGCCCUUACGCACACGCGCAUCAGGUGGUGGCGGACCAGAAGUACUGCGAGCGCCACUUGCACCGCGGGCGCAACCGAGCGCGCAAGCUCAACGACAAGGCCACGCCCGGAACCUCCCUCGUGGCUGACGACGGGGAGACCACCCCCACAGCCACCACUGCCACCACCGCCACCACUGCGACCACGGGCGCUGGUGCCGCGGAUGGCUGCCUCACGAGCGACGGAGUGAGGGCGAUGGAGUCUGUAGAGGAUGGGCGGGGCGCGAGCACGGGUUUUAUGGACGCCAGGGCGGGGGGUGGUGGGGUGGGGACUAGUGGGGGGGCUGGCGGGGUUGCAGACAGGACAGGCAGUCCGUCGAGUGGCAAUAGCAGUGGAGACGCUCUGUCUGCGGAGUGUGCUGGAGAAGGGGAGAACGGCGCGUGUGGAAGGGCUGAGGGAGGGAGAGUGGAGGGGGGUGGUGGUGCGGAGAAGAGUGGGAUGGCGGGCGAGGGGAAUGGAAGGAGGGAGGGUGAGCCGUGUCAGGGGGUGGUGGCGGCACCAGCUUCUGCUGCUGGUGCGGCUUCUGAGCCUGCAGGUGCCGUCUGUGUGCCUGCCACUGUGGUGUGUGUGUCCACCACGGAUGUGAUUUCCCCAGUGCCUUUACCCACAGGAGUGGUGUCUGUGGUGUCUGCACCCACUGGGGCAGCAGCAGGCGGGCACCCUCCUCCUCUUGCUCUCCCCCCUCCUGCGCAUGCUGUGGAGGGCCUCGCUCAGCCUGUGCCACAGCAGCACCAGCAGCACCACCACCAGCAGCAGCAGCAGCAGCAGCCGCAGCAAAGGCUGCCUGCUGGUUCCCCUCUGGCUGGGUCCCAGCCUGGAGUCGUUUCCGUGGUACAACCAAGCCCAAAAUUAUCCCAAUCUGGAAGUUCCACACAACCCAACACACUCGUUUCUCCGCCUGCUGUCGGCCCUGCCGUUGCUGCUACCAUUGCUGGUGCAUCGACAAAGCAGCGGGAAAUGGGAAGCACGCAGGGAUCCACCAAGACUAGUGGUGCUGCUGCUACCCUCAUGAAAGGGGACAUGGAUGUAGAUGCGCAGAAGCAAGGGAACCAGGUUGCUGCCAAUGGAGUUGUUGUAUCACACACGAGAUCCAAUGUGGGUGCAGGAAAGGGGGUGCAAGGGCCAACAAGUGUCGGUGGGGCUUGUAACGAGGAGGUUGUUAUUGUCGAUGGGAAGGACGCAUGCCGCUUGGUGCCUGGUGAAGGAGCGAAGAUGGGUCAACUUGCUCAAAUGCGUUCCAGGCCAUCGCCAAAUUGUGUGCUACCAUCUCCAUUCCAUGGUUCGGAUGGUGGGAGUGGCGCACAGAGCCCAGUGGACAUCUCUCCACUUGGACCUGUCCCGGUGGCACCAUCAAAUGAAGUGGGGUCGCGUGUAUCGGAGGAUCUGGACCAGGAGUACCCCGUGAGGAAAGACGUUGACGUCACUCAAGUCAGCAAGUUCCGUCCCCGGGUGAAGAAGCGACUGUCAGCCGAGAGAUGGGAGGCGUGCCAAGACGAUUUCGGCCGAGUGUGGGCCAUUGAUGCUGCUCUCAAGCACAUACAGCGAGGGGGCGUGGAGCCGAGCAUUCGAGGCGAAGUGUGGCCGUUCCUGCUGGGGCUCUACUCACCCAACAGCACCCACGAGGAGCGGGACGCCAUGCGAGAAGCUCGCCGCGAUUUCUACGCGCGGUUGAAGCAGGAGUGCAACGAGGUGGAUCCGGUGGUGGGCAGUGGCGUGGUGGUGGACUUCCCCCGCGUGCUCGAGGAUGGGUCUGACGUCCCCCUCCCCUCCUACUACAGCGGCCCCCACAUCGAAUGCCCUUCCUCCUCCACACCCCCCCGCCCUGCUGCUGCUGCUGCUGCUGCUGCUGGUGGUGGUCUAGAGUUGAAUGGAGGAGGAGGAGGAGGAGCGGCAGGGCGGGACGGUGGAGAGGGGCAGAGUGCGGUGCUGACUGAGCGGGAGAGGCUGGUGGGGCGGGUGGGGGAGGAGCGGGUGCGCAAGUGGCGCCUGGGGCUGCAUCAGAUCGGCGUGGACGUGCAGAGGGCGGAUCGCACGCUCGUGUUCUACGAGGAGGAGGGCAACCGCUCACGUCUGAUGGAAGUCUUGGCUGUCUACUCGUGGUUCGACCCUGAUGUUGGGUACUGCCAAGGCAUGAGCGACCUCAUGUCGCCCUUCAUCGUCAUCUUCCCCAACAACGCUGAUGCCUUCUGGUGCUUCGAACGCCUCCUGCGCCCCAUUAGGAGCGACUUCAUGGGCACGUCAGCCAGCAUAGGCGUGCAGAAGGAGAUCGACAACCUCAAGAACAUCACGCGGGUGCUCGACCCGGAGCUGUUCGCCCAUCUAGACGAGAUAGGAGCAGGGUCCAUGUUCUUCACAGUGCGCCCCAUCAUGGCCAUGUUCCGCCGAGAGCUCUCCUUUGCCGACUCCAUCUACUUCUGGGAGAUGAUGUGGUCGUGGGACUAUGACGCCCGGGACGCCGAUCUACUAGCCAUGGCGGACCAAUCCGUGCUAAACCACCACGCCUCGAACUUCCCUCAUUCCACCACCUUCCCCCAUGCCCUCCACCAAAACUCGUUCGCCGCCGCCACCACCGCUGCUGCCGAAGCAGCUGCAGCGGCAGUUGCAGCGUGUGACGGCCCUGGGGUGGAGGCAAUCCCGUCUGGUGCGGCCAAAGCUGCUGCCAAGGCUGCUGCCGCCGAAGCUGCUGCUGUGGCUGUGACGUCCUCUCAGGGAUCCGGGGGAUCCGGGGGGGAUGGGAUCACGCCUGGUGCUGCCAGGAUGGCGGGUGCUGCGGCUGCAGUGGCGCGGGUGGCUGGGAGGGAGGAGGAGGGGCAGCAUGGGGGGAAAGGGAGGGCCAGCCCUUUGAGACCAGGUAAGCGGUGGGCCGCAGGGGGGCAUGAGAUGCCGUCUGUUGUGGCUAAAUUGGCUGGUGCUGCAGCUGCAGUCGACUCAAACAAGUCCGCGGGGGUGGCGGUGCCGUAUGUGCGUAGGGAGGAGCAGGAGCGCAUGACCACCUUCUGUGUGCUCGCCAUCGUGCUCAAGCUCAGGGACGAGUUUAUUGAUGACGCCUCUGGGCUCGACGACGUGGUUGAUAGCUUCAACGCAGCAGCAGGGUCAUGGGACGUCAAGAAGCUUUGCAAAAGAGCUGUGGAUCUUCAUCGCCAGUAUCUUGUACUGAAACUGGCGGCGCAUGAGCUUGGUCGAACCCUCUGA